AUGGAAAAUAAAAUAAUAAUUGUUAGAGUUAUAAAGUCAUUAGAAUAUAGAACUAUAAAGAACCUUAUUCUCAAAGAUAUAGAUUUAAAUAUGAACACUUUAGAUUUUAAAAAAUUAGUUACAGAAAAAAUUCAAACUACACCAGGUUUUGCCCCUUAUAAAACUAAAGCUUAUGAUUCAAUGAAAAUUUUCUUUGUUCCCCACGGCCAAAAGCCAAAUAAUUUAACAAUCAAUUUAGAUAAUGAUCAAUAUUUUUUAAAUAAUAAUAGAACUUUAGCAGAAAACGGUGUUGUUUACGAAACAGAAAUUUCAUAUUUUAUAAUGGACGAAUAUUUAGCUUAUAAAUUAAACCCAGAAAGCAAAUGGUAA